AUGGCCGGCCAGCUGGCAGAGGAGCAGAUCGCAGAGUUCAAAGAAGCCUUCUCGCUCUUUGACAAAGAUGGUGAUGGAUCCAUCACCACCAGUGAACUGGGGAAUGUCAUGCAGUCGCUGGGGCAGAACCCCACCGAGGCCGAGCUGCAAGACAUGAUCGGCGAGUUGGACACCGACGGCAGCGGCACGGUGGACUUCCCCGAAUUCCUGUCCUUGAUGGCGAGGAAGAUGAGGGACAUGGACAGCGAGGAGGAGAUCCGGGAAGCCUUCCGGGUCUUUGACGAGGAUGGGAUUGGCUACAUCAGCGCGGCGGAGCUCCGGCACGUCAUGACCAACCUCGGUGAGAAGCUGACGGACGAGGAGGUGGACGAGAUGAUCAAGGAGGCCGAUGCAGAUGGCAACGGGCAAGUCAACUACGAGGAGUUUGUGAGGAUGAUGGCCUCAAAGUGA